CAAAUACUGAAACUAGAAACUUGAAACGCCUUAAAUGUGUGCAGAUAAGAUGCAAAUCACAUCAAAACAAACAUCAUGCAAAUUUGUUCAUAACCCAAACAAAAUCCCCCUAUUCUCCCACCCUCUUGACCCUUCACUUCCAUGGGAACCUCACACAUCAACAAGUAUGCUCUUGCCUGUGCUCUCUUAGCCUCCACCAACUCCAUUCUCUUGGGUUAUGAUAUUGGUGUAAUGAGUGGAGCGGUGCUAUUUAUCAAAGAUAACUUAAAGAUCUCAUCAACCCAAGUGGAAAUUUUAGUGGGUUCACUAAACGUAUGUUCUUUAAUCGGAUCUUUCGCCUCCGGCAAGACUUCCGACUGGAUUGGUCGCCGGUACACCAUCGUGCUAGCAGCCGGAACGUUUUUCAUCGGUGCAUUACUCAUGGGGUUCGCUACAAACUUCGGGUAUUUAAUGGCCGGAAGAGUGGUCGCCGGAAUUGGCGUUGGGUACUCGCUAAUGAUCGCGCCGGUGUACACCGCAGAAUUAUCUCCGGCGAUGACACGUGGCCUCCUCACAUCACUCCCUGAAGUGUUCAUCACAUUGGGGAUUUUGUUAGGAUACAUUGUGAAUUAUGCAUUAUCCGGGCUACCGGAAAACGUGAAUUGGCGGUUGAUGGUCGGACUUGCGGCGGUUCCGGCAGUGGGGAUCGCCGCCGGCGUGAUGUUCAUGCCGGAAUCGCCACGGUGGCUUGUUAUGAAGGGUAGGGUGGAUGAGGCUAAGAGAGUAUUAAACAAGACAUCAGAUUCUGAAAAUGAGGCCCAUUUGAGGUUGGAGGAAAUUACCAAAGCUGCCCUUGAUGCGGUCACGUGGGACCCACGUGCCGGCGGUUGGAGGGGUCAAGGUGUUUGGAAAGAGUUGUUGACGCCAUCGCCGGCGCUCCGGCGGGUUCUUAUUGCGGCCAUCGGGAUCAACUUUUUUAUGCAAGCGUCCGGCAACGACGCGGUGAUUUACUACACGCCGGAGGUUUUCAAAGCCGCCGGAAUUCGACACCGGAAACAACUUGUUGGGGUUACUAUAAUCAUGGGCUUAGCCAAGACUUCUUUUGUUUUGGUAUCAGCCUUUUUUUUGGAUAAGUUUGGUAGGAGGCCCUUGUUGUUAUUGGGCUCAAUAGGUAUGGUUAUUUCCCUAGCUGGGUUGGGCCUUGGGUCAAAGUUUUUGGAGCACUCAAGUGACAAGCCCACGUGGGCUAUUGCGUUGUGUGUGGUGGCGGUUUGUGCUGACGUGUCAUUCUUCUCGAUUGGGCUUGGGCCCAUAACGUGGGUUUACACGUCGGAAAUAUUUCCAAUGAGGUUACGUGCUCAAGGGUCGGGUCUAGCAGUGUCGGUGAACCGAUUGGUGAGCGGGGUUGUGUCGAUGACGUUUCUUACGAUAUCGAGUAAAAUAACUUUUGGAGGGAUGUUUUUCGUGUUGUCGGGAGUUAUGACCGUUGCGACGGUUUUCUUUUAUUUCUUUUUGCCGGAAACAAAAGGCAAGAGUUUGGAAGAAAUGGGAGCGUUAUUUGAAAGAAAAGAUACCGAAGGUAGUAAGGCAAUUGAAAUGAGUGAAAGAGAGUAGAGUAGAAUAUUGAAAUAUAAGUGUGUAGUGUGUAAUUGUCUUCUGUAAUGGUACUAUAUUGUCAAGUUUGAAUAGUUUAGGGCCAUAUCUGCUUAUAACUAAAAAUUAUAGGACCUAUAAGUGUUUGAUCUAUUCAUCCCUUAGAAUUAUCA